AUGUUCCCUGCUUACAAUCGCAAGGUCCAUCGCACAAUUGCAUUGGGCAUUGAGGUGCUUCGUCGCGUGGCCUACAUCGUCAUCGUUGAUUAUGUGUCUUUAAUUCCAUGGUUCGUGAUGUUGUGGUUGAUGUUCGACCUCACUUUCAUCGUUAUUGAGAGGGAGGAACCCCUCAUCACCGCCAUCGCCUGGUUUGCGAACCCCACCCGGGUUGCUUUUCAUAUUGCAGCCAAGGCAGUUAAAGCGGUCGUUGUUCCUCUACUUAGGUUGGGGUUAGGCCUCAUACUUAAACGUAUCCUUGGUUUGAACACGGAGUGCCGUGGUACACCAUCUCAAAUGUCUUUGUUUCGACAGUUUGUCAACUCGAAGCUUCUCUCGCAGAAGAAGCUUAGAGGUGCGUUUUCCAUUCUUGACGCGCAUUACGAAGUCGUAUCGAUUUAUGAGGCUAUGGGAGCUAAAGUCGGACGUCGAUCAUACUGGCCAGGAUUCGGGAUCAACUGUAUGGAUCCUGAGCCAGUGCUGGAGAUUGGGGACGAUGAUGUUUCUGGUUCUCGCUCAGAGAUCUUCACCACCGAUGGUAUUGGUUCGGAAAAAGUUGUCAUUGGAAAUGGAGCCAUGAUUGCUGAUCGCGUAGUACUACUACUACCCGGUACUCGUCUAGGUAGAUCUAAUGUCAGAAAAAGCGCGAGCAGUCCGCCUUUAUCAUUCUAA